CCCAUGGCAUGAGUGGACGACGACAAGUAGCCUAGCCUACAAUCACACAUUGAAAUACGAAAAUAAUCAUAGAUGCUCCUGACGUAGAUGCUCACUUCCUCAGUUAAAAGUAUUCUUUUCGUGUGAGCUCGUAGACUUGUAUUUACAACGCUGACCGAGAGAGAGACAGAAGAGAAAGGAGAGGGGGCAAAUUCGCGUGAGAUAUAGCCAACAACCUUAUGACAAGCUUCACUCCGCUUUUGUGAAUUAUCUAGUAUUAGUAACGAUAGAGCGCGCACGUUUCAGAUAAUUUCUUUGUAUCGUAUAUUUUCACUGUCCAAGUAACUUAAUUUAAAAGGAAAGCCGUAACUUCGUAGGGAAUUGGCGUUAAGAGUUGCAGAGAAGACAUCUUCUUACUUCGAGUGGGAUAAAACCAACCAUGGUGAUCAAAGUUUACAUAGCAUCUUCCUCUGGAUCGAGUGCGAUCAAGAAGCAGCAACAAGAUGUCAUCGGUUUCCUUGCGGCCAACAAGAUUGAGUUUGAGGAGUGUGAUAUUGUCGUCAGCGAGGACAACAGGAAGUGGAUGCGGGAGAAUAUUCCAGAGAACAGCCGGCCGAGCACUGGGAAUCCUCUGCCCCCACAGAUCUUCAAUGAAGAGCAGUAUUGUGGGAAUUAUGAAGCGUUUUUUGACGCCCGAGAGGACCGUGCCGUCUAUGCCUUUUUAGGCCUGACUGCUCCUCCUGGAUCCAAGGAAGCAGAGGCCCUGGCUCGACGAGAACAGCAGCAGUGAUGGACAGUGCCUUCUCCACUCUUGAGCGCCCUCUCCUGUCAGCCUCCGCAACUUCACCCACGCGCCUGUGCUUCCUGCAAAAACAUUUCCCGGAAGACGGUACCAAUCGUGACAAUGUCGCCAGGGGCCAAAACAAUUCAGCAGCUUAUUUCUCAUGUAUUUAAUAGUGCUAGAUUUUGUGUACCAUACAUUCUGUCAUUUCAACAGUCUCUUGUCUGAUAUUGGGAUCACUUUCCUAUAGGAAUGGGACAAGGUUCAUGUCGUACCGAUGACUGUUUCUUUACUGCAAAUCUUUAGCAAGGCUGAUUCAAUCUCCUCAACCACACGUGUGCACAUGCACACACAUUUAUACAGUGGAUGGUCAUCGUAAUGUCUUAUAAUUGAACGUAAUAAUGCAUAUUAGAUUGUAUUAUUUUUAAAUAUUACUGUGUAAAGGACAUUGAAUGUUGGCACUGAAAUGUGCAUAACUCAUUUUUAGUUAACGCCUAGGUGCCUUUGCUUUUCUCCGAGACUGUAAGCCUGUUUUUCUGAGACUCUAAACCUGUCCUAAUAUGCUCCUGUCUACCGUUUAGCACAUUGUCUAUGCAAUAAAGAACAAACAUGCCAAAA